AUGGCUUCAACCACCUCCGCCCUGUCGCGAUACCGCCCCAUCGUGAUUACUGUCGCCGGAGCCGCCGCCUGCUUCUCGGCAUAUCUCCUCUGGUCAACCAUCACCGCCGAGCCCGCCCAGGGCCUUCAGCGCAGCAAUGCCGUCCACCAUCGCCGCAACCCGCGACGCCGCACCCGCUCCCACCACAAUGACGAUGCCGACGCCGAUGCCAGAACCGACGCCACCGACACUGGCCGGCCCUACGGCGUCUUCGUCGUUGAGGAUGCCGACAACCACGGACAUCGCCAUAGGUUCCCGCUCUUCCCGGGAAGGCUUCCUGACGUCGACUGGUUCCGACGCGUCUGCCACCACGAGCAGUGGAUGGCCGAGGAGCUAGCUGAAGAGGCCCAACGCCAGUUCUUAGACAAUUACCUGGAACGCGAAGUCGACUCCUCCACGCAGCUCUCCACGCGCCAAGAAACCGAGCGAAUCUACCGUCGCCUCCUCAACUGGGGCCUCCCGCGAGCUCAGAUCAUGGCUGCCUUCGGACGACACAAUCGCAGGGUCACGGGAGUCUCGCAGACAGACGGCACACAGGACUUGGCCAUCCCCGCCAACGACGAUGAGACCGAGGCUGCUUCAUGGCACGAGGCCGAAUCGCAAGCUGGUGGCAUGGCGGUUAAUGACCAAAACGGCGACGGACACGCUCUUCGAAGAACACUGUACUACAUUGCAGAGGACCAAGCGCGACAAAAGGGCAUCGUUCACCGCGGCAUCACUUGCGAUGGCUGCAGCACCACGCCCAUUCGCGGGAUCCGUUGGCGCUGCACCAACUGUAUAGACUACGACUUGUGCUCCGAUUGCGAGGCUACCAACAUCCACCCCAAGACACACAUGUUUCAGAAGGUCAAGGUUCCUGCCAGGUACCUGGGAUACACCCGAAAUCCCAUGCCAGUUUAUUUCCCCGGUAAUCCAGGAUACAUGCCGUCAAUUGUGCCGAACGCCGUGAGGAAAAGCCUGGAGGAGCAGACACAGUACGAACCAGAAGAGAUCGAUGGUCUUUGGGAGCAAUUCACGUGUCUUGCCAACGUCCAAUGGGACGAGGAUCCGGAGAAACUCGGCGCAGCCAUAGACAGGCGCGCCUUUGACAAAUCUUUCGUGCCCCGCUACACUGCUAACAUCCCUGCGCCGAAUCUCGUAUACGACCGUGUUUUUGCCUUCUUCGACAGCAACGGCGAUGGUCUGAUUGGAUUCAAAGAAUUCGUUCUCGGCAUGAACUUCAUCCGCAUGAGUCCACAUAGCCGCGCCAAACUCCGCAAAAUAUUCGAGUGCUACGAUAUCGACGGGGACAGCUAUGUGACUCGCAAGGACUUUCUGCGCAUCUUCCGGGCAUACUACAACAUCCUCCGCGAAAAGACCAGAGAUAUGCUGAUGGUUGCUGAAGAGCACCUCAGUGUAGCCGGGGCUAUGGACACGAUUGAGUCGAGCCAACCUUUGAGUUCUGCUUUCCUUGGCGGACCGAAUUUCAACAGACAAAGACCGAGCGCGGCAUCGAGGAAAACUUUUGAUCGCUUUGGAGACCCUCUAGAGGACGACGUUAUAAGAGAGGAUGGUCACGACAUUGAAGAUCGCUCUCAGCUUAUUGCGGAUUCUGGAGAACUUCGGAUCGCUAACAGUCGCGCGCCUGGUCAGACCGUCGAACAAGUUCGUCAAGAAGCUGUUGCGGAUCGAUGGAGGCGGAGAGAGUUCUACAUUGACGAGGAGGAAGGCCUUACCGCGCCCGAUUCCUCAGAGCUUGAUCAUGCCGACGCCCCAGCCGACGUAGCUUCGACAAUUGACGGCCACGUUGACAUGCCUAAUGGCGUCUAUGUUCGACCCUCGCAUUCCCGUUCGUCCUCCCGGGUCCGCUUCGCAGAUGAUCUUGAGUCAGAUGCUCGUUCUGAUAUCUCUACGUCUUCGCGGCCCAUCGGAGAGCGCUGGGGUGGCUACGAGAUCCCGCAAGCUGAAGAGGACCUUGGUAAAGAUAUUCUCUAUCAAGUCACCCAGCAAGGCUGCAACGAAAUGCUCGACCCAAUUUUCAAGCGGAAAGAGGACAUUGCUAUGGAAGUCCAGGCGACCAAGUCUGAGCGUCAGUUGUGGCGCCAGAGGAUCAAUGAGUUCAUCAAAGACAUGGAGGACAAAACCGGAGCAGAUUUCAAGAACGACCCUCUCGUCAGAUCUCCUGAGGCCGAAGAGCUCAUGAAGGUCUCCCUCCAAUUUGUUGCACUAGUUACUGGCCGGAGCUGGAAAACCUACCAAACUCUGAAGAACAAGGGUUUCAUCCCCAACGAAGACAUUGAUGCUCUCGACGGUUUUGUGGAGGAGGUCUUUCAACCGUUCGAACGCGAUCUACGACAAGCAGAAAACAACGGCAUUUCUAACGAAGCAUACAAGAGUUUCAUUUCCUCGGCUAGAUCCCUCAUUGCAAAGGCUGCAAGGCGUAUUUCGGAAACAAAGAAUGAACCAGGAACAGCGACGGAUACCCAAAAGCGAGAGGCUCGGCUCGAAGUGGAUCUUGUUGACAUGCAGUUGGACGAGCUCUUCGAGAGGUCUAAUUUGCUAACGGAUGGGGAUCGCGAUAGAGUGAGGCGAUCGGAGGAACCAGACAGAGAGGUUAAUGGGGAGACAAACAACGCUGAUGGGGGCGAGGCCAGCGAGAACCCGGAAGUAAGAUGGCUCGAGCUGGUAAUGAGCCGUCCGUCUGAUGCCAGAACAUCGGACCAGAGAAGGGAGCAAGCUAGCGCACGCAGUCAAAGGGCAGCAUCACCACCUGGAGACCCAACCUUGCCGCAGUUCCGCCCGAACAGCAUCCCAAGCAACCCAGCGCAGGCAAACUUCCUGCCUAUGCCGAGCCUUCCUACCAAUACCACUGCGCCGCCAGAAAGGCCACAGACGCCUGAAAUUAUCCCUCCUGCUCCUCCGUUAGAACAAGUAGAGCCUCUCAGGGACCCUACCAUGCCUCAAUUCCGUCCCAACAGCGAGCGCGAUAUCCAUCCGCCCAGGGCCUCAUCACUCAACCCGCCACCUACACCUGUUCCUCAAGGGAGCGCAACUCGAACUAGCCGCCAGUCCUCACCCGCCCCAGCACCCAGCCACGCAAACGAACCCACGCUCUUCAUCCCAAUCUCAUCUGAGGCGUCCACGUCAGACAGCUCUUCGGAGGACACGCCCAGCUCCGGAGAAUCUACUUCAGCCGAGGAAGACGAAGAUGACGAUGACGAGGACGAGGAUACCGCAGCCGAGAUCCGCAUGCGCCCCAGCGACAUUCGCGACCUGCCAGAGGAAUUCCUCUCUCUCGUCAGCACGGCCAUCCGCGAGCAGCGCGUUCGCGACGCCAUCAACCACUCGUCGGCCGCCGCCCGCGCGCCCAACGUCUAUCUGUCCACAGCGUACGCUCGGCAGCGCGAUCACCGCGAAGCGCCCGAUGAGCGUCGGAUGGCACGGUUGGCGAUGCUGGACGGUGCGGAGAGUGAGAUCAAGAAGGUUGGCAGGGGAAGAAUCGGGUUCGAUGAGUUUGCCGAGAUGAUGCAGGGACCAGCGGGAGGUGCCUUGGCAUUUGUAGAGGGGUGGUUGGAGUUGGGGAGCUUGUAA